AUUAAACCAUUUCCCCUAAGUGUUUUUUACUGCCGGAAAAAGGACAGAAACUCUCCGUCACCCUGGCCUGGGCUGACAGUUUGUCCCUGACUCGGUCUAACCUCUGUCAGGCCAUCACAGCCUGCAUACAUGGAAGGAAGCUGCAGACCAGAACCCUAAGUCCUGGUUCCUGCAGUCUCCAUAUUGGUGUGAGAGCCCGAGGCCUGCUCCCAUACGUCCCCAUUCUGGCUUUGAUCCUAUUGUCUCCUGCGUCACCACGCGUCGCCCGGCAAAUAAAGGCCGUCUGGCUCCAAGCUUAAAUAUUGCAGCAAACUAAAAACCAACCAUCAGACCCGAUUCAUUCACAUCUGCUCAGUGGGGCGACAAGGACAGGGCUUUAGGUGGGAAAGAGGGCACAAAAAAGUUCACUAUUCCCUGCUGGGUGCCAAGAGAACGGGACAGGACUCAACUUCGCCGGAGCCGCAGCUGUGCGCUACGGACCGAUCAUGGGUGACUGGAGCUUUCUGGGUAACAUUUUAGAGGAAGUUAACGAGCACUCUACGGUGAUUGGCCGGGUGUGGCUCACGGUGCUGUUCAUCUUCCGCAUCCUGAUCCUGGGCACGGCAGCGGAGUUCGUUUGGGGCGACGAACAGUCUGAUUAUGUUUGCAACACGCAGCAGCCUGGAUGCGAGAACGUGUGCUACGACGAGGCCUUCCCCAUCUCCCACAUCCGCCUGUGGGUGCUGCAGAUCAUCUUCGUGUCCACGCCGUCUCUGGUGUACGUGGGGCACGCCGUGCACCACGUCCACAUGGAGGAGAAGCGUAAGGAGCGUGAGGAGGCCGAGCUCAGCAGGCAACAGGAACUAAGCGAGGAGCGUCUCCCUCUGGCUCCUGACCAGGGAAGCGUCCGCACCACAAAGGAGACCAGCACCAAGGGGAGCAAAAAGUUCCGGCUGGAGGGCACCCUGCUGAGGACCUACAUCUGCCACAUUAUCUUCAAGACACUGUUCGAGGUGGGCUUCGUGGUGGGCCAGUACUUCCUGUACGGCUUCCGAAUCCUCCCUCUGUAUAAAUGCAGCCGGUGGCCCUGCCCCAACACGGUGGACUGCUUUGUGUCCCGCCCGACGGAGAAGACUGUCUUCAUCAUCUUCAUGCUGGCUGUGGCCUGCGUCUCACUCUUCCUCAACUUUGUGGAGAUCAGCCACUUGGGCCUGAAGAAAAUCCGCUUCGUCUUUCGUAAGCCGGCUCCAGCUCCGUCUGCAGCCCAGGGUGAGGGGAUGGCGCCCCUGCCCCCGCAAGGAAAGAGUCUGCCCCCUCUGGGGGUGUCCUCCCUGCAGAGGGCAAAAGGCUACAAGUUGUUGGAGGAGGAGAAGGCUCCCCCCAUGUGUCACCUCUACCCUCUAGCUGAGGUGGGGAUGGAGGCCGGCAGAGGGGCGUCGCCCUUCCACGGGCUGGAGGAGAAAGGUGAGGAGGUGCUGCCCAUGGAGGACAUCACAAAGGUGUAUGACGAGACUCUGCCCUCCUACGCCCAGACCACGGCGACAGUGGGGGUAACGUUACACGAGGACGAGGUAGAGGAGGAGCAGGUGCAGCCACCAGAAGCAGAAGCUGAGAAGGUGGAGGAGAUGGCAGAUGAAGAUGAGGAGGAGGAGGUGGAGGAAGCGGAGAACGGAGAGGACGCGGCUCCAGCUGAGGCAGGCCUGGAGGCGACGGAUACAAUAGACGACAGCAGACCGCUGAGUCGACUGAGCAAAGCCAGCAGCAGGGCCAGGUCAGACGACCUCACCAUAUGAAGCACACAGAAGAGAGCACACACUCAAUGCACACACUUGGAAAGGUAGAGCAGAUGAGAGGAAAUUCUACUAAAUGCCAAAAAAAAAAAUUUAGAUUUACAAAUGAAAGAGGAGCUGAGAGGUGGCAGGAUUAGUUUGUUUUUUAUUAAGUUGUUUUUACCUUCAAUAAUGUAAAAGAGGAGACAGAUGGGAGGUGUGGGGGGUGCUUUUACUUGAUGAAAAUCAAUUUUUAGACAUCUUUUCUAUUGAGAGUUAUACUGAUAUGCAAUGGACGAGUAGACGUUUGUAUACAUGAGGUUUAAGCAGAUGGGGGAGGGUUAUAGGCCUACUGGUGUGCCUGUUUAAAAAAACAAUGACUUCAGUGUAGUUGGGCACCAACGUUUAUUCCCAUCGGUAAGAUGCUGCAGUUGCAGCAUGAGGCUGCAGCAGCUGAGACUCCGAAACAGAACACACACACACAUCUGCAGGUACUGUAAGAAGAGAAGGAAAGUCCAUUUUCAGGUUGAGUGUACCUCAUUUGCACAUUCAGAGGCUUCAACUCUGCAAAAGCCUCUAACCCCGACGACACCUCAUCUGUGCAUCCAUCUCCACGCAUUCUUUCAAGUAUGGAGAGCCGUGCAUGAGCUUCUCUCCUUUUCAUGUUUAUAUACCAGGUGACAAAGUUAAAAAAAAGAAAAAAGACCACUUGUAACAUGUCUUUUUUUUUUCAAUGUGAUUUUUUUUCCUGCUAUUGGUAUGCAUCCUUUUAAGAAACAUGUUAAUGUGGCAUCAGCUGUCCAUAGAAGAGCGCAGGGCCCGAUCAGAGAACAGACUAUAGCAGUGACCUCAGGCCAAAGCCUCUCCUUUCGUGCUGUACAAACAGGCGUCCGGGCGAUAAAGAUCACGCACAGUCAGCACAACGCAUUGUUGGAGCCGAGACAAUAAAAGAAACGGCGCUCGUGGAUGAAAACACAAGCAUCCUUGAUUUGCCUGUGGAAAAAAAAGAAGAAAAAAAUCUAAAAAAUAAAAGUAUUUCUACUUGAUUUUACAACCAUGUAGAUUCUCACAGCUAAACAAAUGUAAGAGUAAGAGCUCAGUCUCACUGUGGAAAAACCCCUGUCACAUGCUUGAUCAUUGUGUGCAGGUUAAACUCUAAUAUUUCACUCCAAAGUGUUUUAUUUGAUGCUCAGCAAAAAUCUGCAUUUUUUUGUCUUUUUUCAAAUUCCAACUGAAUAUGUAAUAUAAAGUGGAUUCUCCUACUUUGUAAAUUCCUGUUCCUUAUUUGUAAAUGUGAGUUUUCAAAUGUUGUACGAUCAUUGGAAGUCACAACGCUCUGGGACCUAAGUGAACUUAAUGUUUCUUCAGUUUUUCUUUGCCAGAAUAGCUUUUGUUUCACACAUUCAUAGCGGUAAAAUGUUACCUCCAUAAAGGCAGAACUGCAUUUUAUUUUUCAACAUGCAGGAAGCUGAAUGUUUGAGACACACUAACUGUUGAUUUUUUUGGGGGGGCUUUUGGGUCAAAAAAGCUCUGGAGAAACUGAGCAACAAAAAGCAACUUUGCAACCCUGAGAAGGCCUUCGUCUCCCAUAAUCCCCUGCAGCAUCUCCAUGUACUGAUCAAAGCAUUUGAUGGAUCUUUUGUACAACAUAAUGAUGGUAUUGUAUGAUAUAAUUUUUCUUUUUGUGUGUUUUUAAGACUGUUGCAUUGGCUGUAUGUCUGUGAGACGUGAUUAAUAUUUGGGGAAGAAAAAAAUCCUUUUUACUAACUUGUAGUCUUCUUUGCUGAUAGAUGAGUGGCAGCAUCUUCUACUGGAAUGUGAACCAAGAAAUUAAAAGUCAAACGUGGUCAAGAAA